AGACUGGGAUGGGGAUCGGGUCUCCAGGGCCUGCUCCCUGCCCAGCAGGACACUGAGUUACCUCGCAGAGGGCACGGGCCCCCAGGCAGGACUGGACCCCGGGGUUCCCCAGGUCGUCCACUGCCACUCCCCCACUCAACGGCCAGGGGUGAGAGGCAGCCAGUGUACCCCCUACUCGGGCUGAGGACGUAGCCCAGACCUGCUGCUCAUUACAAGUUUUUUCAUUUGUUUUAAAAUAGUGGAUAAAUCAUACAUGCAAGGAGGCUGGAUGGUGCAAGCAGUUUGUGAUCAGCUGUGGACCUAAAGGUUGACAGUUGUAACCCACCCAGUGGCUCCAUGGAAGACAGGCCUGGCAGACUGCUUCCAUAAAGAUCACAGCCAAGAAAACCCUAUGGAGCAGUUCUACUCUGUAACACAUGGUCGACUCAAAAGUAGCUAACGACAAUACUGCACUGCACACAUGCUAAAGGGUGCAUAAGGUGGGUCUGUUGCAUUUAAAGAACUGUUAUAAAGUGAAAACUUGUGUAACCACCACCCAGGGCAAGAAAUAAGACAUCAAUAGCACCCCGGAAGCCAGCACAAUCACAUACAUCCCUGACCCUGGGCCUAGAGGCAGCGCUCUGCUGACUUUUGAGAUAACCUGUUUGUGCUUUCCCUUACGGUCUCACCAUCUUUGGAUGUACCUUAAUGAAGAGAGCUUGGUUUGGCCUGUUUCUGAAUUUAACGUAGCUGUAAUUACACCAUAGGCAUGUCAGUGUGUCUUGCUUUCUUUGCUCACCAUCGUGUCUGCAAGAUCAUCUGUGUUAUUUAUUGUGUGUGGCUGAAGUUAGUUCAUUUUAUUCCAUAUUUUGCUUUAUAGUUGCAUAGCUACUCCACAGUUAUUACCCAUUCCAUGGUUGGUGGAGAGUUGUUUUCCCCCAGAUUUUGGCUAUUAUAAACUAUAUGUCUCCUGGGACACAUACAUGAGGAUUUCUCUACUGGUGUGUGUGUGUCUCCAGGAACAGAACUGCUGGGUCAGAGGGUAUGCACAUUUUCAACUUUAUUAGAUAUUGUCUUACUUUUUCCAAAAUGGUUGUUCCAGUAAGCACUCCCACCAGCAAUGAGAGGUCUUGUUGCUGGCUUCCUCCCAAAUACAUUGUGUUUCCAGGCUUUUAAAUUAUUACCAGACUUCAAGUUUUAUUGAAUGAAGGAAUAAAUCACUGAAUCAGUGAGGAAAAUUUGGGUCAUACCUGCCUCAUAUCCCCCACUGCAAAUGUCCAAGCCCACCUUCUACUUCAAAGAGUCUAGAAGUUUCAGAGCACUGUCCUCCUCUGGGGUUUCUUCUCGAUCUGCCUUAUGACUUUGCUGUACUCCCUAGGGCUAGCAGGCUGUGCACCCUGUUCUCUGUGAUUGAUGGGAACACUGAGGUCCAGAGCAGAGAUAGAGGGGGCUGGGUUCUCAAAGCCUCACUCACAAAAGCAUUACUCAGAAGUCUUCUUCCCUGGAGUCCCAUUUCUGGAGGGCUUUUCUCCAGCCAACCCUGCCUUGGGCAUCCCAUUUCCCCCCUCUGUAGUGCUCUUGACCUCACCCAACAUGAGAGAGAACCCCACGAAAUGUGGGGAUGGGGAAGUGAGGGACCCUGGGGCAAAACCAGGGGUGCUCCUCAGAGAAGGUUGUUUCAGACUGCCUGGGCCCAGCACUCAGUCUAAGAAGGCCUGGGCACAAGUAGCCGUAGAAGCCAAACACACCGAGUCUGAUCUGGGCUCAUUUUUUAGAUGAACACUCUCUCCCAUGGCCCUGACCCCUGGCACAGGCCCCCAGCAACGUCCCAUCUCACUCAUCUGUGCCCUCCCCCCAUCUGGGCACCAACACCCUGGCUGCCAAGACCCAAUUGGGUGAUGGAGGAGGUAGCGUGCUCCUCCAGGGGCCCUGUGGUUCCUCCUCCAGAGCUAUUCCUGGCCUAGCCACCUCCCCAUCCCCCAGCCCCCCUGCCUGACCUGACCCCACGGCUGGGAAUAAUUUGGCUGGGGGUGGGGCAGCCCUAGACUAUAUAUGCCUGGACCUAGGUGUCCCAGGCACCCUGGAGGCCCAGACCCUGCACUGCCAACCCCUGUGCACUGCAGCCUGACCCUCAGUCAACGCAGCAAUGACAGGAAAAGCCACCUACGAGGCCCCCGCUGGUGGUCCAGAGGAAUCAGCUUCUGAGCCUACCAAGGUGCCCACCCCAGAGGCUUCCGGAGAAGUGGCAGCACCAGAGCCCCCCAGGGAGGAGCAGGCUCCCCAGCCACAGGAGCCUGUCACCGAGGCACCUGACCCAGAAGCCCCCACAGCUGCUAAGCCUGUACCCCCAAGCGAAGAUGUUCCCAGUGCCCCAUUGCGGCUGACUGUGGAGGAUGUGAGCGACAGCUCGGUGACUGUGAGCUGGGAGCCCCCGGAGAAGCUUGGGAGACUGGGGCUGCAGGGCUAUGUGCUGGAGCUCUGCGAAGAGGGAGCCUCAGAGUGGGUGCCUGUGAACGCCCGGCCCAUGAUGGUGACCCAGCAGACCAUGCGGAACCUGGCUCUAGGAGACAAAUUCUUCCUGCGCGUGGCUGCGGUCAGCUCCGCGGGGGCCGGCCCACCGGCUGUGUUGGACCAGCCUAUCCACAUCCAAGAGAUCAUUGAGGCCCCCAAGAUCCGUGUCCCCCGCCACCUUCGUCAGACCUACAUCCGCCAGGUGGGAGAGGCGGUCAACCUGCAAAUCCCUUUCCAGGGGAAGCCCCGGCCUCAGGCCUCAUGGACCCACAACGGCCAGGCCCUGGACAGCCGGCAGGCCACUGUGCGCACCGGGGACCAAGACUCCAUCCUCUUCAUCCGCAAAGCCCAGCGCUCCGACUCAGGCCACUAUGAGCUCACGUUGCAGCUGGAAGGCCUGGAGGCCAAGGCAGCCAUUGACAUCCUGGUGAUCGAGCAACCUGGCCCCCCUAGCAGCAUCAGGCUACUGGAUGUCUGGGGCUGCAACGCUGCCCUUGAGUGGACACCGCCCCAGGACACGGGCAACACAGAGCUCCUGGGCUACACUGUACAGAAGGCAGACAAAAAGACAGGGCAAUGGUUCACAGUGCUGGAGCGCUACCACCCGACCACCUGCACCAUCUCCAACCUCAUCGUCGGCAACACGUACUCCUUCAGGGUCUUCUCAGAAAACCAGUGUGGACUCAGCACCUCAGCCGCCGUCACCAAGGAGCUGGCCCACAUCAAGAAGGCAGAUAUUGCUGCCAAAUCUAAAGGUUUUAUUGAGCGAGACUUUUCAGAAGCCCCUUCAUUUACCCAGCCCCUGGCUGACCACACCUCCACCCCUGGCUACAGCACUCAGCUGUUCUGCAGUGUCCGAGCAUCACCCAAGCCCAAGAUCAUCUGGAUGAAAAACAAGAUGGACAUCCAAGGGGACCCCAAAUACCGGGCCCUCUCCGAGCAAGGUGUCUGCACCCUGGAGAUCCGCAAGCCCAGCCCUUUCGAUUCUGGUGUCUACACCUGCAAGGCCAUCAACGUGCUGGGGGAGGCAUCUGUGGACUGCCGUCUGGAGGUCAAAGCAUCAGCCACGCACUGAAGAGUGACCGAGGCAGAGGCAGUGGCUAUGGCGAGGAUGAAGGUAAGUGGGUGGGCCACCCCUCUGCUCCCUCGGGGGGUGGUACCAAAGGCAGAGAGGCCUGCAAACAGGGGCUGGGGAGGGCGGGGUACUCAGGUCUGGGUACAAGUCACAGACAACUAACACACAUGCAGCUCUGGGCUUGUUCAAGAGACACGCAGGGGAGGCUGUCGGGCUGGUGACCCUGGUGAGACCUGGCAGGGGGGUGGCUUAGUGGACAAAUUUGAGUUAGGGGUCUAGUCCUGGCUCUGAGUGACCUAGGGCAAGGGCCACUCAUCAGAACAGGAGACAGCCUCUCCUCUGUGGGGCCCUGAGGCUCUGGAGAAGGAAGGAAGGAAGUAUCCUGGAGUUGAGGAGCUGGUGUUCAGGCCUGGGCAUUGGGCCCCUGGGGGGCCCAGGAAGAGAAGAGGGGUGCUGCCCUCCCCUCCCUCAUCUGCACCUCUUCUGAUGUCAGGGGCUCAGAAGACGUGUUCUCUGUCAGGUGCUGCAGACCUGAGGGGCCCAGCCUCUGAGGCCCAGAAUCAAACUCCGCAGAUGCCCAUAACUCCCAUUUCCAUAGAGAUGGCUGAUGGAGCAGCUCUCUGCAGCCUGGCCUCCCUCCCCAACAGUCUGGGGCCCAGUACCCAGGAGUGGGCCUGGCAGGCCCCAGCCAGCCUCCGCUGGCACAAGGGGGGCCUGGAAGGUGCCAAGAUUCAAGCACCCCAACAGAGAGCUGUGCGCUGGUGAGAAGCACCCCAAUAAAGAUGUGUGGUGUACAGUGCGGGGGCCUCUGUGACAGGGAGCAUCGUCGCAAGGGAAGAGGCACUGUGUCACCACGAGGGGGGUGUCAAAUGCAUCAACCUGAGGAAGAUGCCAGUGGGUGGGGUCUCAGAUGUCAUGAGGGUUUUCCUGACAUGCUGUGAUUUUUCAGGAUCUUGCUACCCCGAGUGCAUCACUAUAGGAACAGACACCCCUCUGGAGCCUUCCUAGCUCCGAACACCUCCACAUCUCCCCCACCCCAGCAGCUCCCCUGGCCCCCACCAUGGCUUCCUCUCUGCCAGGG